ACGCGGAGGUCGAGUUCGGCGGAGGGGCCAUCGGUGUUCCUGGAAUCCGCGACGUCAGAGUAACACAACAUCGCAGAGAAAAACAGCCAGGGAUUAAUUCGGGAUGUAAUCCAAAUUGCAAACGGAUGAUAAUUUUUUUUUCAAUCCGAAAUGUGCGUCUCCUAACGUUUGAUAACUUCGGCUGACGUUUUUCACUCUUCUUCUGACCGCGACGUUGCUUUUUUGAAGCCAACUUUCACUGAUAGUUGAUCGCUAGAUGAUCGUAAGAGCCGAGCUGUGAGUCAGGUGUUUUGUUUGUAUCAGUGCGGAGAAGGCGUUCGGUGAAGUUCUCGUACGUCGUUAGCGACAGGUGGAAUAAACCAUAUUCAAAACAAUUGUUCUAUUUUCGAUGGCAAGUUUUGCCGGCAGUUCUACGGGUCUUUUACGUCCACCUACAAUGCUUGAACAACUUUUGGAAGAAAUUAAUUUUCAGAGGACAAAGGAGAUGCGUCAGUUACUCAAAGAUGAUUCGGGAUUUGUGAUGCUUCAAGGUACGACAUAUUGGACGGAUUUGUUCGUGCGCCACUUCCUAUUUCAAGCCGAGCAUACAAUCGAUGGUGAUGACCUUUUGUUCUUCGUGCGUAAGAAACACGUUAAAACUUCGUCGCGCUACUUGCCAAAGUUCGAGACAGAAGUUGACGUCUUCCGUAAGGACAGUAAGAAGCUUCCGAUCGGUGAUCCAGACAUUGAUUGGGAGGAAACUGUGUACCUGAAUCUUGUAGUUCAUCAAUUCGACUACACGUUAACCCUGGCGAUAUGCACGAGGACCAGUCCGAAAGAACUGCAGGUACUCCGAAGGCAUUCGCAAAAAGUUUACGCGAGUCCGAGUCGUCGUCGGAUGGACGCUAAAGGCGAUUUGGAGGAAAUGACUUAUCCGCACAUUUGCUUCAUGGUGGAUAACUUCGACGAAGUUUUCUGUGAUAUUUUAGUCAGGGAUGGGGAAAUGGUUUGUGUAGAGCUGGUAGCUUCGGACAGAGACGGUGCCGUUCAAGGCGUUAUUUUUCUCGGAUCCAUCCGGUACGACGCUUUAAAGAAAGUAUACGAUGCGAGGUCAAGUUUGAGCACGAAAAUGGCGCAGCGCAUGACGUUCGGCUUAUUUUCCGGGGCAGCAUCUCAGAGGGUGGAGUUCGUACGAAUGAAGGGUCCUCAAGGUAAAGGUCACGCGGAAAUGGCUGUGACAAAGCCAAAAGGAUCAGGUGCAGAGACGCCAACAUCUGAGCCUGGUUAUUGCGCUACCGACGCUCUCUGGGACGCAGAUUGGGACGAUGCUGAAGAGAUUUUCAUGUACCGUCAUCAAAGACGUCUUUCAGACCCGAGCGCGAAUUUGAACAAUUUCGUUCGCGGUGGAUGGCGGACGAAGCCUGACUCUGCGGCGACAAAAGCACGCUCAGAAAAUGAGGGUCUGGACUCCAUGGCUAACGGACUCAGUGAAAUCGAAGCUGGCGAUGUUCGCGAUGCGGAAGUUCAGGACACCUGCAGCUGGGGCGGCGGACGGGGCUCGCCACACUCUCUUGGGAAUAGCAGAAGUCCACGCUCUCAAAGGAGAAGAUCACCUAUACUUCCGGCAAGAUACGCAAGCAACCGGAAACAACGAAACUCCCGGGAACUCCCUAACGAAAAUCUGUCACCCAGUCGCAAGGAGGCCUAUCACGAGACUGGCGGCCCCCAGAAUCAUCAUAUCGAAGUUGGAAGUGAGAUAUUGCCGCCCGGUCCGUGCCUGACAGACGACAACGUAAGGCAAAAGCUCGACUCCGGGGCGAUAUUGGUCCACGGAAAAGAAGAGCUACCCCUGAAUUACGGUGACGAUAAUAACUCUGUUGGCGUGGUCGUAGGCGCGGACCCUGGGGAACGACUGUUUAAAAAUAGUAAAAAUCUUAGCCGUGAAUCGCUUCAUCGUGCCAUCGAAAGUAACAACAUCGAACUAGCAAAUGGAACCGGCGUUAUCAACGUGGACACCCGGUUAGAGAACAAAAACAAGAACGAGUCGACGCCACGAGACAAAAAUGCUAAUGCUAAAAUAUCAAGAACUAAUGGAUGCACGCAAAAACAAAGCGCCACUUUACCUAGACGCCGAAGGAGGCGACCCUUAGCUGGAAGUCUUCGUGGAACUCCACUUCCGCCCCAUCGAGUAACUCCCGAUGGCACCGCCAUCUAUUAUUGGUGCGAGCUCCCGCGCCGCCCCGGUUCACAGGAACUAGAUGACGGAGCGUACAAUCCAUUGUGGACCAUGCGCGGGUUCACGCAGACGUUUCACUUCUGGAAGGAGACGAGACGAGCACAAUCCGUACCCCUCAACGCAUUUCUUACUUACAUCACUUUGCCAUGGUGGAGUAUAGCCAAAGAUAUAUUAGAUCACAGAGAGGGUCCAAUUCUGACGUUCUAACCGCGGUUCGUCAUGGAAGUCCGUUUCAUUCAUUUUUUCUUCUAAUUUGCCGUGCUGCAGUUUGAAGAUUAUCGCUGAGAAUCAUAACGUUGAACUGUACCUAUAAAUGAACUGAAGGAUAUUAUUAAAUGAUACAAACAUUUCAAGGCUGAUACAAAGAAAUUCAAGACAAAUGUAUUUCUCUUCUUAUACAUUAUACACUUAGUUAGUCACGAUUGGUGGACAAACUAAAAAAAAAAAAAAAAAAAUUACCAAUAUUAAGAGAAAGAAAUUAAAUAAAUCAUUUACUUUUUACUGUGAGCAUAUAAAAUAUUGCGAGAAAUGUGGCUAAUAAAAUUCAUUCAACAUCA